AUGGCUACUCGUCCAGCUUACACUGAGGAUAUGGAGAGCACUCAAAAGGUGUUCAUGGUGGAGCAGACAGAUUUCCGGGGUCCAAAUCGGUCCAGAACGAUGGCCACUAUCCGCGAUCGCAUUGUAGAAUUCUACAGUGAUCCCAAGAUAAUGGCGCAAAAACUAAAGGAAAUGCUAGACGAUGAAGUUGGACCACAGUGGCAUGUUGUUGUUGGCUCCGACUACGCCGCGUAA